UCUUUUUUAUUAUUAUAGUAAAUAAAUUAGACAAAAAAAAAGAAGAAAUUCUUGAUAGUGGUACACCAUCGAUCUACUUUGAUCUGUGUAGAGAAAACAAGAAACAGAUUCCCCAGAAACAUUCUACACAUUUCUUGAUUUUGGGGUGUCUUUUUAAAAAAAAAUAAAAAAAUAAAAAAAUAAAAAAACUGAUAAAUAUUUGUGGGUUUAAAGAUGAUGACAUGGAGGAGAAGUAGAAGUUAAAGAAAGUGGAAAUGGCAAGAGGAAAAUGGCUGUCAAAUAAGCGAACAACAAUUGUUAUUUGCUCAAUCAACAUUUUUGUUGCUCUUUAUGUGCUUCAUUCUCUCUAUACUUCUGUAUAUAUGUACCCUUACAGUGGUGAUACUCAAAGAGCUUUUAGGUAUACCCAACAUCAGAUUAGAAAAAUGGAAGAGUCAAUUCAAUUGCGGAAACAACUAGAACCUGUAGAACUUAUUAACGUGGUAAAUGGCUUAAAGAACAAACUUUCAAUGGAUGAAAAGGUGCAACAAAUACCAGAGCAUUUUAAACAGAAGAUAGCAGAUGAGAUACUAGUAACUUUAAAAGGCAUGAAUGCCAAUGCAGAUGCGACCAUGCUACAAGAUGCGGUGGAAAGUUGGCGGAGAGAAAAAUUACAAGCCACCAGUGAACUUAUUCAUGAGAAGACAUCAAAUUCAACUAUUUCCCUAAAGGAGGCUAGGCUACUUGCACGAGCUUUGGGCGAUGACUGGGCUGAUCUGUCAGAAGAAAUUGGUCUCUGGAUACCCAUUCAGAUCAUCAAUACGGAACACGAUGACAAUCCUGAGGGUGAAGAGGAACUUGAUUACGAAGUCGUAGCUGGCAAGCCGCUUCCUCUUGAGUGUCAUGCUGAAGCUCAUACUGAUUAUGGUGGUGAUGCUGUUAGAUGGGGCCUUACGCAUCACAAAGAAUCGGCAUACGAUUGUUGUAUGGCUUGUUUGAAUCAAGCUAAGCAAGCCAGACCUAACCAAAAGAAAUGUAACAUAUGGGUUUACUGCCCAUCAGAGACGGGUUGCCACUCCCCGGAUAUUUAUCAACACAAGCAUCAGGAGUGCUGGCUGAAAUAUGCAAAGAAUCCUAAAUUGAAUUUUAAGGACCGCUACCCUGAAUCAUACAGAAAUGCCCACCCAAAUGCACCAGUAACUGUUUCGUGGAUGUCUGGUGUUGUUAGUGUAUAAUUUUAUCACUAACAAAAUAGAUGAUAAGCCUUGAGAUCUUGGUGCUUCCACGAUGUGAAGAAAAAUCGAAUCAGUUUCUUGAUUUGCAGAUUCUAUGAGAGUGCUGCUUCUCUUGUUGUUGUUUUAUAGGAAGAUAGAAUUUGUACCAGAGUAGAACCUUUUUGUUUGUAUUACACGAUGAUUAGCGUGGUUCUGGUAUGCUUAAGGAAGUCCAGUGCCUAGGAAAUAACAUUUUUUGACAUUGCAAUUGUUGAUUAAAGUUUUCAAUUUAUGUCAAAGUGGAUCUUAGCAACUGUUUGGUCAAUUACUUACAUAGUUUAUGUAAUAUCUUUUGAUGAACUGCUUUUGGUUUUCUUAAAGUAAGAUGUUUCUUUGAAUCA